UAAACUGGGCGACAAAGAGAUACCCGACGAUUAUGUUAGAAUCGACAAACUCACCAACCACACUUUACAACUGGACACCUAUCGUAAGCUUACGGAGGGUGUUUGGCAGUUGUAUGCGACUGGUGUGCACCAAGCUAAAGAGAGGGCUGGUCACGAGCUUAAUGUGACCGACACCGAGGUUAAUUUGGCUAAAGACCUGCAGACAUUGGUCACUGAUCUCAGUAACUACCUGAUCCAGGCGGCCAAAAACGAGCGUGCUAAAGGCAAAGUGUUUUGGCCCGAGUUUCACGAUAGGGUGCGUGAAUUUCUAAAUGCCCAGGUCACUGUAUUCUAUGCCAGUGUAAAGAAAUUGACCACUACUGAUAUACGCGCCGCUAAUUAUCAACAACUAUAUAAUGAUUUACACUCACUGUUAGGGCAAUGAUUACAAGUAUUUUAUAAAUUUUAUGUCGAAUAAAGAAUUUCAAUAAAAUAUAAA